GCAGAAAUGUCGGCUCGAACGAAAGCGAGGAGUAAAAAAUAAGGCUGGUUUGGGUAAGAUAUUUAAGCAUGGCUCAGUGCAAGACGGGGUUAACGCGGAAUUUUCAAUCCGCCUCCCUGAACGCGGCCGUUCCCAUCAGCCAAUCAGCAGGCAGCGCUCGGAUAUAAAAGCGAGCUGCGAGCUGUUUUCGCGCAGGUUGUGAAUUAUUGAGUCUCGUGUGUUGUGGGCUACAAGGCUUGUGUGGAUGGCGCGCACGAAGCAGACGGCGCGGAAGUCGACGGGCGGGAAGGCGCCCCGCAAGCAGCUGGCCACCAAGGCUGCCCGCAAGAGCGCGCCGGCCACGGGCGGCGUCAAGAAGCCGCACCGCUACCGGCCCGGCACGGUGGCGCUGCGCGAGAUCCGGCGCUACCAGAAGUCCACGGAGCUGCUGAUCCGCAAGCUGCCCUUCCAGCGCCUGGUGCGCGAGAUCGCGCAGGACUUCAAGACCGACCUGCGCUUCCAGAGCUCGGCCGUCAUGGCGCUGCAGGAGGCCAGCGAGGCCUACCUGGUGGGGCUCUUCGAGGACACCAACCUGUGUGCCAUCCACGCCAAGCGCGUCACCAUCAUGCCCAAAGACAUCCAGCUGGCCCGCCGCAUCCGCGGCGAGCGUGCCUGAGUUUCUUGCCCUUCUAACUUCAAACCGAAAGGCUCUUUUAAGAGCCACCACAAGGCCACCGGAGAGAGCUGUUGUCUCUGUGUUAACGUAGCAGGCACGGGCAGCCCGUGCCCGAGGCAGUGCCAGCUCUGGGUAAGUGGGAGGAGUGCGGGGCUUCCGUGCUGUCCAGCUCUGCCGCCCUCUGAGGGUUCACUGUCUAAAAGGUGCCGGUGCUGGGAGGGUGUAAGGGGCUGUGGGGAGCGUGGGUGAGAGCGGUACCUAGCUAAGAGGCAGCCUCAGAAACAGGGCGGGGGCGGGCGGGCUGUGGAGCACAGGGCUCGCAGCGUCUUUGCUGUGCUGUUGCCAGGGCGCUGACGGGUGCCCUUCGUUGUUUCUUCUUGCCGCUCUGUCCCGCCCACCGAGUGGCAGAGAGGAGCGCCGCCAUUUCAGGAGCUUCCUUCCACUUCCAGGCUGCCGUGGUAAAACCGGUGCCGCGAGAGAGGCUACGGCAAUCGCAGCUGGCCCGGAUCUACCGCCCCCCUUUUCUCGCCCGUCGGUCCCUUUUAGAGCCUUUUGGAGAGAAGGUGACGGCGUCGCGGAUCACGUUCUCCAGGAACACCUUGAGCACGCCGCGCGUCUCCUCGUAGAUGAGCCCCGAGAUGCGCUUAACGCCGCCGCGCCGAGCCAGACGGCGAAUGGCCGGCUUGGUGAUGCCCUG